AUGACCCAGCACCCCUGGGUUGCACAUGUGGAAUUCAUCGAAGAGGCGUUUCGUAGACAAAUUCACAAGACACCUCGACGACGGCCCACCAACAACCAGCAACCCGCUCGCUACCAGUCUUUCGACGUGAUUCCAAUUUGCCACACAGUGGUGUUUGGCGUUGUGCAGUGUGCGCCUGCCUAUCUUUCGAUCGUCUUCAUCGACCUUCUCUCCACUCGGUCUGACAUGCACGAACAACUCGCUUUGCACCUUAUCUCACUUCGAUUCAGCACCUCUGUGUGGGAGAUGUGGAAUUCAUUCAACACGGUAGAGAAAUUGCCGCACACGAAACCUGGCAUCGUCCUGGCCUUUGCGUCCUAUCAAUCAGCUCGUUACCACUCUAUGGACCCAUUCAUGUUUGGCGUUGUGUGGCAAAGGCUUCGGAUGACGAAUGCUUUCAAUGCAACGCUUGAUGCUCUUGACACUUUUCCGGGCACGUCUAUCCUUUACGCCGGGUGUCAGCAGGUGCAGUGUGCGCCUGCCUAUCUUUCGAUCGUCUUCAUCGACCUUCUCUCCGCCCGAUCUCACAUGCACGAACAACUCGCUUUGCACCCACCUCACCUCACUUUGUUUGCAGCCAACUGUAGCCACCUCUGUGUGGGAGAUGUGGAAUUCAUUGACCUGGGUAGAGAAAUUGCGCACAAGAAAGCUGGCAUCGGCUUGGCCUUUGCGUCCUAUCAAUCAGCUCGUUACCACUCUAUGGACCCAUUCAUGUUUGGCAUUGUGUGGCAAAGGCUUCGGAUGACGAAUGCUUUCAAUGCAACGCUUGAUGCUCUUGACACUUUUCCGGGCACGUCUAUCCUUUACGCCGGGUGUCAGCAGGUGCAGUGUGCGCCUGCCUAUCUUUCGAUCGUCUUCAUCGACCUUCUCUCCGCCCGAUCUCACAUGCACGAACAACUCGCUUUGCACCCACCUCACCUCACUUUGUUUGCAGCCAACUGUAGCCACCUCUGUGUGGGAGAUGUGGAAUUCAUUGACCUGGGUAGAGAAAUUGCGCACAAGAAACCUGGCAUCGGCUUGGCAUUUACGUUCUUUGUACGAUCUGCCUAUCAGGUCUGA